AUAUACACCUAGCAUGGUCGAAAAAAUCGAUUUUUUUUUUUGCAUUUUCUUGAUGCUUGAGGUCUCAAGAAUAUCUGGUUAAAAUUGCAAGUCAAUAUCUCGAUAAAUAACGAAGUUACAGCCGAGAGAGUAAACCGUCUCCGAGAGCGCGCCGUACCGCCUGUUUUGCGGCCGAGCCGAGAGGCAGCGACCCUUCGAAGAGAGCGUGUCUAGACCUGUUUUACGAUUCUAUUGUGUUUUCGAGCGUGGUCGGGUCCAGGUAUAACGCAAAUAUCACACGACCGUUAUUCUUUGCCGGAAAUUGGACGCGUUUCGUCAGUAACUUGCCGUUCGUGCAACUGUGCGUUACAGUGAGUUUUCGUCUGUGAAUACAUAUUCUGAGGAAAAUGGAUAACAGAUAUAAAGGUUCUCGGGAAGCUCAUCAAUCCGGAUCUUUUCGCAAAGAUCGAAGCAAGAAGAAGAUACCGCCCAAAAAUCGAAAUACUGCCGAAAAAGUAGAACUUUCCGACGAGAAUAUUAGUUCCAGUGCCAAAAAAUUGAAGACUGAUCGUGAGACAUCCGCACCAGAAGAUCCAAACAUCGGGUAUCGAAUUUUGAAUUUUCUGGCAGUGUUUUCUGCCUUAUCGGAAUGUGUAAAAUGCAAAAAGUGUGAUAGUGAUGUUCGAUUCUCAAUAGAAAGCACUCGAGGACUCGGUUUUAAAAUUGUAGUUUCGUGUUCAUCGUGCAAACCGACUUUUAUUCCUUCGUGCCCGUACAUCAAGACUGCUUACGAAAUAAAUACACGAUUCUUUUUUGUUAUGCGUUUAUUGGGGAUUGGUUUGCGUGGAGCUAUGAAAUUUUGUGGCCUCAUGGAUUUACCGCCUCCGGUUCAACAAACGACGUAUGAUAUGAUAAUUGAGAACAUUCAUUCUGCUGCUUCAAGUAUUGUUCAAUUGGUGUUAAAACAAGCUGUAAGAGAAGAACAACAGGAAAUAAUAAAACAAAAUUCGAGUGAUGAUAUCAAAAAACUGACCAUUUCAGGAGAUGGUACGUGGCGAAAACGUGGUUUUACCUCAUUAUAUGGAGUUGCGGUUCUCAUUGGUCACUUGACAGGAAAAGUCGUUGAUUUCAUUGUAAAGUCUGCUUAUUGUGUUGAAUGCAACUAUUGGAAUAAACACGUCAAUACCGAGCAAUAUCAGGAAUGGAAAUCUAAUCACGAAGAAAAUUGCCAGGCGAAUCAUGUCGGAUCGGCAGGCAAAAUGGAAGUAGACGCCAUGAAGGAAUUAUUUUCAAGAUCUGUCGAAAAGCAUGGAGUUAUGUACAUUAAUUACGUCGGGGAUGGCGACUCUAAGACGUACACGGGAUUAGUGAAUGCGAAACCGUAUGGUGAUGAGAUUGAGAUUAUAAAAAAAGAAUGCGUGGGACACGUUCAAAAGCGAAUGGGAACCCGUCUUCGCGAAUGCAAGAAAAAAAAUCCUGGAAUCGGCGGCAAAAACAAAUUGACGGCAAAGUUUAUAGACAAACUGAGCAUUUACUAUGGCUUAGCCAUUCGAAGAAACAGUAACUCCAAGGAUGACAUGAAAAAAGCGAUAUGGGCAACAUUCUACCAUUACGGCUCAACAGACAGCAAGCCUGAACAUCAUUUUUGUCCCGAAGGCCCGGAAUCGUGGUGCAAGUGGCAACAAGCGAAAGCUAAAGGAGAACUGAGGAAUUUCCGUCACGAUUAUUCAGCAUUGCCAAAAACGGUGUUAGAUCCCAUCAAACCAAUUUACGAAGACCUCAGCAAUGACAAAUUGUUGGAACGCUGUGUUGGCGGAUACACACAAAACAGCAAUGAGAGCUUCAACCAACUUAUUUGGAAGAUAGCUCCAAAAACGAUGCACAGCGGGGCAAAAAUUGUUAACAUUGCUGCAUUUCUUGCAACAUGCACGUUCAACAAUGGUGUCACGUCAUUGUUAGAAAUUAUGAACGUAUUAGGAAUAUCAGUCGGAUCGGGCGCGCACUUGUACGCUGCGCAAGAAGACGAAACUCGCAUAGCGAAAGCCGAGCUGCAAGCGCAAGAACAGACUAAAGAAGGUCGAAUACGGCGCCGACAACAAAAUUUAGAAAAUAUGAACAUUCCGUCGACCGUAGAAGACUUACACUAUGGGCCUGGUAUCGAUGAUUCCAUAUGAUUUUUGAAGAAACGCCAGUGGGUACCGUUUACCCGGAUUUUCUUACGGCGCUCCAAAGAUUAUACCACAACCUCGUCAAUUUUUGAUUUUUUUUAAUAAAAAAAAUUGGACAUAUU